AUGGGCACUACACGAGUGGGGGUCUUAUUAUUGGGCACAUUGCUCAUGCUUGUGCAAAAUGUCGCCGCCAUCAAGUAUAAGAUGACCGUCGACAGUAACUGCGACUGUUACCUCACCAAUGGAAGCACUGGGACCUUUUUCAAGACGCACAAAUUUUUCGACUUCCGGUCCCGGUCGGACUUGGUCAACGUGCCCUCGUCGUACGCCUCGGACCCGGACGCGGCCAGCAACGCCGACGUCGCCAGCGACUACUUCAACUCGGACGAGUGGACCGAUGCCUGGAGCAUUCAGCAGUGGAACAAUAGCGCCAACCUCGACGACGGCGACGCCAACGUCUUCAUGGUCAACUCGCCCGCCAAUGUCUACAUUGACGCCAAUACGGACCCUGACGCCGGCUCUGAGACGUACCUGACGCUGCGGACCGUCCGCCUGGACGAGUUUCAGACGGCCGCCGAGUUCGAGUCCAUUGCCCAGGCCUACCACUAUGCCUCGGCGCGCAUGUACGCCCGCACCGUCGGGCCCCCCGGCGCCAUUGCGGCCAUGUUCACGUACCGGGGAUCCGACGACCCCAACGCCAUCCAGGAGGCCGACCUGGAAAUCCGCACCAUGGACCCUCCCGACGUGAUCCAGUACACGAACCAGCCGGCCUACAACCGCCAGGGCGACCCCGUGGACCGGGCGACGCGCAACGCCACCGUGCCCGUGGGAUGGGACGACUGGGCGGUGCACCGCAUGGACUGGAGCCCCUCGAGCACCAUGUGGUACGUCGACGGCGUCAAUGUCAGCCAGAUUGGCUUCCAGACCCCGCGCGACCCCAGCUCCGUCAUCUUCAACAUGUGGUCCGACGGCGCCCACUGGAGCGGCAACAUGUCCGUCGGCGACGAGGCCUACCUCCAGAUCCAGUGGAUCGAGCUCGUCUAUAAUGCCACCGACGAUACCGAGGCCUCUGAUAAUAGCGGCGGCGCCAAGCACCGGCUGUCGAGUAGGAGCUGGUUGUCCCCGCGGGAUGAUGACGACGAUGGUGACACGUGCCACAAGGUGUGCAGCAUUGACGAUACUGAUACCCUGGGCACACCAGUACUGCUUUCAAACGGCCCUAUUGUCGUGAUAUUCGGGAGUGCGAAAUAUUGGGUAUCUGCUCUUACUUUGGUAGUUGUGUACUGGAUAUUCUAA